UCUUCCUCAAAGAUAACGCCAAGACGAGCAUUCCCGCAGAGGAUAUCCAAAACACUUCAGUCUCCGAUAUUACUGGACCAUAUGGAUAAACUAAACAGGAGUAUGGCCUAUUCAGCCCUCCUCUGCCAGUCAAGGCUCAGAGGGUCUCUCAGUUUUUCCUAAGAGGAUAAUUAAGUAAUUGAAAUUUUUGAGCACGGGGCAACAUGGGGACGUUACAGUCGAAACAUGCGUGUAAACGCAGGGAGAGUCCAGAGGGUGGCUCGUUUGCAACGAGCCCUUUUAUCUUCCACAGGGAGUCGGACGCAGUCAGAGACAAGCAGAGCCUGGAACCUUCAUCACAGUGUGAAAUGCAUAUGGCUGGCAGCCAGAAGAGCAGGGUCUUUGAGCUCAGCCCCACCGCACAUCUGGAUGUGUGUGGUGCAGAAUUAAAGGAGGACCAGUUCUUGGAUCAUGACUGCCCUCUGGAGGUAAUCCUGCCUCCAGAGAGAGCAGCUGAAUAUCGAAGUCACAAGCACACACUUUCAUCAGAAAAUGGAGAUAUCCCAAGAAGGAGUGCAAAAAGUGAUGAUGUGGAAUGUAAUGUGCCUAGGGUGGAUGAGAAUCGCCAAGAGUGGGUGUUCACAUUAUACGACUUUGACAACAGUGGCAGAGUGACCAAAGAGGAUAUGUCUAGCCUGAUGCACACAAUAUAUGAGGUUGUGGAGGCAUCAGUUAAACAGUCUGCACUGAGCAACAGCAAAACACUGCGUGUCAAACUGACCGUCACACCCUGCUCUAGUGGCAACAGGAGAGCAGAUCGAGAUACUGGAGUUUAUCUGAACAAGAGGGAGCAGCUGGAGGAGAACCGGCCCACACACAGCAGAGGACAGAGUCCAGAUCCUCCGGGCAAUUCAGAAAGGAAGCUUUACCGUGUGGAUGAGAACACAGAGCGCAGAAACCACUAUUUAGACCUGGCUGGGAUCGAGAACUAUACUUCCAGAUUUGAAGCAGAUAACACUCAGUCUCCUGUGGAAGAGCAGUAUCAGGACAGUCAGACACACGGAGUCCGCUCUACCCACCAUCGGCGACUGCAACCAGACAGCUGCAGCCCAGGGAAGUCCAGCGGUCGUGGAAUCUCCUUCCUCAGGUCCCUACGAAGCCGCAGCAAGUCCAUGGGUGCUAGUGGGGGCACUGGUAAACCCAGCAGGCUGCACGGCCAUCAUCCUGUUAGCUGGUGCAGCCCCCCUCAGCCACAGCAGCAGCAGCCUCUGCAGUACAGCCACAGUAAGCGUGUCCGUGCCAGGCCCAAAGAUGGUCUGUCGCCUUCCAUGGCUCACACCAGCCUGGACUGGGACCUUCAGCCUGGUACAGGUGCUACUCCUGCAGGGUUUGUCCCAGUGGCUCAGAGGCAUGAACACCAUCACCUCCAUGAACAUCAUCAUCACCACCAUCACCACCACUACUACUCAUCAUGACUGCAUUCUUUCUUAAAGAGAGAGUUAAAUGAACUAAGGGAUGGUUUUGAGGCUGAUCUAUCAGCUUCUCUAUGUAAAGGAAGACAAGUAUUUCUACCUAUGUGAAGGAAUGAUCUUUUGUGAACUGAUCUAAAAACCUAUGCCACAGUUGGUGCUUUACAUGUAUUAAUGCAUUAUUAAUUCCCAUUAAUAGCCUGCUAAUACAAUACAACUCAGUUUUCUGUUUCCUAAAUUCCAAUAGGUUCUGACAAAACACUUAAUAUGGAGUUUUACUGCCACCAUGUGUUUGUAAAUGGAGUUGUUCAAAACGUUGUACUGGUGUAGUGAACGUAAUAUCAUAGAUCAUUAUGAAAAGUUUAAAAUGAAAAAUGUUUGUCAGACUCUUUUUUUUUUUUUUUUGGAAGCCCAAAAGACUGAUAAUAUUUUCCUCAGGAUUUUCUAUAGAAAUAACCACUCAUUUUAUACUAUAUAUAUAUAUAUGUCUCAUGUAUAUUGAAGAUUCUGUGUAUUUGUGCAUUAAAACGAUAGAACAAUA